AUAUUUCAUAUAGGCCUAUUUUUUUUUAAUGUGUCGAUAAUUGGGCUAUGAAAGCCUAUGUCGUAUCUAAACAACCUUGCAAGUCAUGCAGGGGAUGUUCUAAUGUUCGCACACGUUCGCCAAGUGGCUUUACAGAGCACAUCCCCUUUUGAUCCGCGCAUCUCUCCAGGAGAGCCUGCCACACACGUUUUCAUUCUUCCGCCAGGUAGACCUCAGCUUCACGAGUAUCUCGUCCUGUGGCAGAUUUGAUUUGCUUCUGCAAGGCAGGUCUCUCUAAAAUUAUACCCUACGGUUCUAGUGCAGACAUGCAUCAGUAUUUUAUGAAUUCAAUUUUAGGCAAAUAGCCUACCUCUAGAACACCACAAGGGACUCAAAUCUAUGUCAAACGCAGAGGGUAGAAUAGUCUGAUAAAGGCUAUUGUAGCUGUCUCCAGUAUAGGGGAGGAAACUGUGUCACUUGGCCCAGUUUUCUGCUGACUUGGCUGGCCCUAAUGCUGUAUGCUGCAGAUGAACUCCUGGAUUACAAGGGGAAGAGAAGGUGAAGGGGUCACACAAGACACCAUUUUUAUUAAAACGUCAUUGAAACACCCUCGAUGUUUUUUAAGAGGCAAUACGGACAUAUGAAUUGUGGAAGCAAUGAAUUUACCUUUAUUGGUCAUUUGAAAUAUCCAGAUUACAUUAAAAUUACGCAAGGUCGAAUUUUAAAGAGUCCUUGCCUAUUUCAAAUGAAAUCUGUUGUGCCCAGGCUGACCUUAAGCGCUUUCCAGUUCACAAACCCUACACACACCUAUUGGAAGCGGCCUUCAUCACAUCCCCGCGAGCAGGGUGUGUGUGUGUGUGAAGAGGGAGGGUACCAAGGAGGAGGGCUGAGAGUAUCGAUGACAUCAACCACCAUUCUCUUACACCGCACAGCCUAACGGAGGCUUCUCGACAUGGGGACAGAAAGAUAACGGCCCAGUGAGAUAGCACAGCACCACUGAUAUCAGGGUUUACUUAGUGUUAUUUGUUUCGCGAGGCACUUCGGAGCAUCUCCAAAUUUAGGAAGAAAUCACGGAGAUAUCGGAUUAUAAUUUGUAGCAGCCUCCCCACCCGCUCCGUAUGAAUCCCCUAUGUGGAUGCCCUUAUGUAUUUGACCAACAAUAAAACGGGACGUUUUUAAGGUAUACUGGCUCUGGCUGCAGGGGAUUACUGAAAUGAGGACAUGAAGCUAAAUAGGUUUUAAAAAGACGAAGAGAGUGCCUGGCCAUCGUAAGCGAAGCGUCCAUCUCUACCCCCCCUCCCUACUGAGGGGUCAUGGCUCUCUGGACGGGACGAGGCCUCUUGGCUCAGGCCAAGCUGAGCUCCAGAUCAGCCCACUCUGUGGUGCUCGUCCUCAGCCUGCUCCUGUUGCCUCUGCACCACCUCUCUGAUGCCUUAGUCUCCCCCCCCAGAUUCAUCAAGCUUCCUUCAGACCAGAUAGGUGUGUCAGGGGGAGCCGUCUCAUUCGUGUGUCAGGCAACAGGUGACCCCAAGCCACAGGUUGUGUGGAACAAGAAAGGGAAGAAAGUCAGUUCUCAGCGCAUUGAGACCAUAGAGUUUGAUGAAGCAGCGGGGGCUGUGUUGAGGAUCCAGCCUCUGAGAGCGCCACGAGAUGAAAACAUCUAUGAGUGCGUGGCCCGCAACAGCGAAGGGGAAAUAUCUAUUACCUCCAGACUCACAAUCCUGAGGGAGGACAUGCUUCCCCCAGGCUUCCCCUCCAUAGACAUGGGCCCGCAGCUGAAGGUGGUGGAGCGCACGCGCACGGCCACCAUGCUGUGUGCGGCCAGCGGCUUCCCAGACCCUGUUAUCUCCUGGUUUAAGGACUUCCUGCCUGUGGAGCCCAGUGCCAGCAGCGGACGCAUCAAACUGCUGCGAUCAGGCGUCUUUGGUGCCCUGCAGAUUGACAAGAGUGAGGAGAUGGACCAGGGGAAGUACGAGUGCGUAGCGUCUAACUCCCAGGGUGUGCGCUUCUCUGCCCCGGCCAACCUUUAUGUGAGAGAGCUGCGAGAAGUUCGCCGCGUGGCCCCUCGCUUCACCAUCCCCCCCACCAGUCACGAGAUCAUGCCGGGGGGCAGCAUCAACAUCACGUGCGUGGCAGUCGGCUCCCCGAUGCCCUACGUCAAGUGGAUGCUCAACUCGGAGGACUUGACCCCGGAGGAUUCCAUGCCGGUGGGCCGGAACGUUCUGGAGCUAGAGAGUGUGCGAGAGUCUGCCAACUACACCUGUGUGGCCAUCAGUAGCCUGGGCAUCAUCGAGUCAGUGGCACAGGUCAUCGUUAAAUCUCUGCCUAAGGCUCCAGGGAUGCCCAUUGUUACCGAGACAACCGCCACCAGCAUCACCAUCACCUGGGACUCGGGGAACCCUGACCCUGUCUCCUAUUACAUCAUCCAGUACCGCGCCAAGAGUCCCGACAGCAAGUUUGAGACGGUGGACGGCAUCACCACCACGCGCUACAGCAUCGGCGGUCUCUACCCCAACACCGAGUACGAGUUCCGCGUGUCCGCCUUUAACAGCAUUGGACAGGGGCCUCCCAGCGGCAGAGUGGAGGCCAGGACCGCCGAGCAGGCGCCCGCCAGCCCUCCUCGAAACAUCCACGCCAGGAUCCUCUCCUCCAACACCAUGAUGGUGCGCUGGGAGGAGCCGGAGGAGCCCAACGGCCAGAUCAAGGGCUACCGCGUGUACUACACCAUGAACAAGGACCAGCCCAUGAGCAUGUGGCAGAUCCACAACGUGCAGGACAGCGUCAUCACCACCAUCCAGAGCCUGGUGCCCUCGGAGACGUACACCAUCUGUGUGCUGGCCUUCACCUCGGUCGGAGACGGACCCCCCUCCGAUCCCAUUCAUGUUAAAGUCCUGCCUGGAGUUCCAGGGCAACCAGGCAAGUUCCAGGUGGGCCGAGUGACUGACACGAGCAUUGAGCUGACCUGGGAGCCAGCCUACUCCAAAGAGGGCAUUCUGAGUUAUGAGUUGCAGUUUAAAUCCAAGUUUGGGAAUCAGGAGAAAAGGACCUUUGGGCCCAGAUCCUCCUAUGUCAUUGAAAACCUGAGAGCCAACACCGAAUACUUCUUCUCCCUGGCCGCCAAAUCCAAGCAGGGCAUCGGCGCUUUCACCAAUGAGAUCACCGAGAGAACCGCCCAAGCCAAACCCUCAUCCCCCCCUCGUGGGGUAGAAUGCUCUCCUCUUGGCUCCUCCUCCUUACGGGUAAGUUGGCGCGCUCCCCCAGAAGAGGGGCGCAACGUGGACCUGGAGGGCUACGAGAUUCUGUACCAGCCCCUAGCCAGCGGGCUCCAACCAGAACCCGAGCCCGAGAGGACCCAGCGCGUGGGGCCGGACCCCUGGCAGGCGCUGCUCAGCGGGCUGAAGAGGUGGACGCGCUACAGAGUGUCUGUGGCCGCCUUCACGUCGGAGGGCUCCGGUCCACAGAGCUCGGCGCUGGAGUGCCAGACAGAUGAGGAUGUGCCGGGGGCGCCCCCUAGACAAGUGGAAGUGCAAACGCUGAACUCAAGCGCCAUCAGGGUCAGGUGGCGCUCGGUGGUGCCAGAGAAACAGAAUGGGCAGAUACGGGGUUACCAGGUCCACUUCGCCCGCGUGCAGGAGGGAGAGUCGCGCAGCUUGCCGCGCAUCAAAGACAUCAUGCUAGACGACUCUCAGUGGGAAACGGAUGAUUCUGCUGAAUAUGAAAUGAUCAUUGGAGAUCUGCUGCCCGACACCUCAUACUCCAUCACCGUGGCAGCGUACACCACUAAGGGGGACGGAGCACGCAGUAUGCCACAGAUGGUCCAGCCCAAAGCCACAUUUCCAGAGCCUCCCAUGAUGUCUCUGAGUGUGGAGCAGCAGACGUCCAUCUCAGUGAGGUGGCAGCCUCAGCCCCCCCCUGGACCAGUCUCCUCCCCCCCCCCCACCCCACCUCUGCUGGGCUUCCAGCUGCAGUACGGCCAGAAGAACGACACCCAGCUGGUGCCUCUGGACCUCCCUGCCCAGCAGCGCCAGUACACCCUGAGCAACGUGCUCCCGGGGGCCACUUACGUCUUCUCUCUGGCCGCCAGGGGCCACUCUGGCUACGGGAAGGAGUCUCGAGAGGAGAUCAGUGUGCCCGAGUAUCCGCCCACGGGCUACCCACUGCUGGCCAAGGGCAUCAACGCCACCUGCUGCACCCUCCAGAUCUCCUGGACGCCCCUUGACCCCGCGGACUGCAACGGCGUUCUCACCAGCUACACGCUGGCCUAUGCCGAAGCCAAUGGCAGCCUUCCCCCCCGCCUGCUGUCUGUGCCUGCUGGAGAGACCUCGUACACUGUGAUCGGGUUGAACCCAGACACUGCCUUCCAUGUGAGAAUCCGGGCCCACAGUACAGCCGGGCCCGGGCCGUUCAGCCCCCCGGUCCCUUACCGCACGCUGGCCUUCGACACAGAUGUCCCGAGGAAUUUUUCGGUGAACCUGGCGACGAAGACAAGCGUACUGUUGACUUGGGAGUUUCCUGAGAGCAGCUCCCCGUACCGUUUCACUGUGGAGUACAACACAAAAAAGAUGGAGGUGGAUGCCCGACAAAGGAAGGCUGUUAUCGCCAACCUGGUGCCCAACACCAGCUAUGACUUUAAGAUCACCAGCCCUGAAGGCAACAUGGGGGGCUUGAGGCACCGCAUCCCUGCCAGGACCUCCCCCCCCAUCCACAUCAGGCGCCCAGAGGUGGACCGCAGCCGCGAGACUGAGACCACCAUCACCAUCAUACUGCCCCCGAUGGACACCCAGAGCAAUAUCAGGAACAUCUAUGUGGUGGUAGUUCCUCUCAAGAGAGCUCGCGGAAGAUUCCGGCUCAAGAGUCCUGAUGACAUGGACCUGGAGGAGCUGUUGAAGGACAUCAGUCAGAAGCAGCUGGAUCCGCGUCAGAGGCAGGUGGACCUGCGGCGGGCCUACAUCACGGCUCGCUUCUCCCCCGUCACACUCCCAGCAUUCUUCACUCUGGGAGACCAGCUGGAGUACGGCGGCUUUGAGAACCGCGCCCUGGAGGCGGGUCAGGAGUACGUCUUCUUCAUCCUGGCGGAGCUCAAUGACACCACUGGGAAGAUGUUUGUGGCCAGUGAAUACUCGGAGCACGUGAUGGCUCCAGACUCGGACCCUCAGCCCCUGGACGCUGGCGACGGGCUCAUCUGGGUGGUGGGCCCCGUCUUGGCCGUGGUCUUCAUCAUCUGCAUCGUCAUCGCCAUCCUCCUCUACAAGAACAAACCUGACAGCAAGCGAAAGGAUUCAGAGCCAGGCACAAAGUGCUUGCUGAACAACGCUGAGAUGAUGGCUCACAACCCGACCGACCCGGUGGAGAUGAGACGCAUCAACUUCCAGACUCCAGGUAUGAUGAGUCACCCCCCCAUCCCCAUCUCAGACCUGGCAGAGCACACGGAGCUGCUGAAGGCCAACGACAACCUCCGGCUCUCCCAGGAGUACGAGUCAGUUGAUCCUGGCCAGCAGUUCACCUGGGAGCACUCCAACCUGGAGGUCAACAAGCCCAAGAACCGCUACGCUAACGUCAUCGCGUACGACCACACGCGGGUCGUCCUGGUCCCCAUUGAAGGUAUAAUAGGUAGUGAUUACAUCAACGCAAACUACAUUGAUGGCUACCGUAAGCAGAAUGCCUACAUCGCCACCCAGGGUGCACUGCUGGAGAGCUUCGGCGACUUCUGGAGGAUGGUCUGGGAGCAGCGGGCCGCGUCUGUGGUGAUGAUGACCAGGCUGGAGGAGAAGUCACGGAUUAAGUGUGACCAGUACUGGCCCAGUCGGGGGACGGACACCUACGGGAUGAUUCAGGUCACUCUGCUGGACACCAUGGAGCUGGCCACCUUCUGUGUGCGCACCUUUUCUCUACACAAGAAUGGCACCAACGAGAGGAGAGAGGUUCGCCAGUUCCAGUUUACCGCUUGGCCGGAUCACGGGGUGCCUGAGUACCCGACUCCGUUCCUGGCCUUCCUGAGGAGGGUGAAGUCCUGUAACCCUCCGGAUGCAGGCCCCGUGGUCGUCCACUGCAGUGCUGGUGUGGGUCGGACCGGCUGUUUCAUUGUGAUCGACGCCAUGCUGGAGCGGAUCAAGAAUGAGCGCACGGUGGACGUGUACGGCCACGUGACGCUGAUGCGCUCGCAGCGCAACUACAUGGUGCAGACGGAGGACCAGUACGGCUUCAUCCACGAGGCCCUGCUGGAGGCCGUGACCUGCGGGAACACCGAGGUGGCCGCCCGCUCGCUCUUCUCCUACAUCCAGAAGCUGGAGCAGGUGGAGGCUGGAGAGCACGUGACCGGCAUGGAGCUGGAGUUCAAGCGCUUGGCCAACACAAAAGCUCACACGUCCAGGUUUGUCAGUGCCAAUCUCCCAUGCAACAAGUUCAAGAACCGCCUGGUCAACAUAAUGCCCUAUGAAACCACCCGAGUGUGCCUACAGCCAAUCAGAGGCCUCGAGGGCUCCGACUACAUCAACGCCAGUUACAUUGAUGGAUACAGGCAACAGAGAGCCUAUAUUGCCACUCAAGGUCCACUGGCUGAGACGACUGAAGACUUCUGGAGAAUGUUAUGGGAGCACAACUCCACUAUCGUGGUGAUGUUGACCAAACUGAGGGAGAUGGGUCGGGAGAAGUGCCAUCAGUACUGGCCUGCUGAACGCUCUGCCCGUUACCAGUACUUCGUGGUGGACCCCAUGGCUGAGUACAACAUGCCCCAGUACAUCCUCCGAGAGUUCAAAGUGACUGACGCCAGGGAUGGGCAGUCCAGGACCGUGAGACAGUUCCAAUUCACAGACUGGCCUGAGCAGGGAGUGCCAAAGUCCGGAGAGGGUUUCAUCGACUUCAUCGGUCAGGUGCACAAAACCAAGGAGCAGUUUGGACAAGAUGGUCCCAUCUCAGUCCACUGCAGUGCGGGAGUGGGGCGCACGGGCGUCUUCAUCACCCUGAGCAUUGUGCUGGAGAGGAUGCGCUAUGAAGGUGCGGUGGACAUUUUCCAAACUGUCAAAAUGCUGCGAACACAAAGGCCCGCCAUGGUGCAGACUGAGGAUGAGUACCGCUUCUGCUACCAGGCCGGCAUCGAGUACCUGGGGAGUUUUGACCAUUAUGCAACAUAAGAGAAGGGGAGAUCGCCAUCAACUCAGAUCCCUUUCCCCCAGUGGUCCACGGAGCUAGAGGAGAAAACACACUUGAGAACGCCACAGUACAUAAUGAACUUUACCAAAAAACACUGACUGAUUUCAUCACAGCAAGAAUGAUUAGUACAUCACCGACAUCGUUUGGUGUUUCCAAAUUUCAAAAUAGUCAAAAAAAUGUUAAAAAAAAUUGAAAAAUACAUUUUAAAAAAAGCAACAGCAACACAUGCACUCUCAGGAACCUGGAAGGACUGGAUCUGGGAUGUCAUGUGUCACACUGCAAACUAUUACCUCAGUGUUCAAGUAUCCUAUUCAAUAUGUCGUGAUCAAUUUUCUAAAAAAAAAUAGUGGAGAGAAAACCUAUCAAAAAUCCUCAAAACAAGUAAUUAUCAACACAAACAGUUCAAAGCCUGGAAAAAUUGCUGCAUCUUCAAUCGGAGUGACAGUACACCAAACUGUUUUUGUUUGCCAAUGGAGCUGAAUGGUUUCAGGUCGGACAGACAAAUCUUCCUAUGACUCAGCUGACAGAGAAGACAGCUUGUGGCUGCAACGAGAAGAAGGACUUCGAUUGUGAUCCAUCUUGAGAAUGACAAUGCCAUCAGAAACACCCAUUAGUAACAGUACCAAUACUGAAGCAGACCUUCUACCUUCAGUGCCUCGAAGAGUAAUUCAAGUUUGGAAGCAUACAGGUGUCUCUGUCUAAGGUGGGAGAAGAGGAUUGAUGGUGUCGUAUGGUCGUUUCAGCAUACAGUACAAUACCAAUGUGAGAGGAUAUGUUUCAUUGCAACUUUUAAAGAUAGAUCUGAAACCUGGUGUACACAAACUAUCUCUCGUGAUCAUAAAUGGAGGGGUCAUUAUCUGGCCAAUAUGUUCCUGUAGGUAGUUUUACCAUUUUAGUUUGUUUCCUUUUAAUCACAACAUGCUGCUUAUAUUGUGUGUAUGCCGCAAAGAGUUCAAUGUGAUGGCUUGUAUAAGACCAAUUACUAUAAACCCCUCAAUGGACCCACCCAGGAUUGACACUAUAGCACAUUGUUUUCUAAUUGUUUUCUAAUGGUUUGCAUCCUAAAAGGAUCACUGAAAGGGAACCUCCGCAUCGUUUCCCUUUUUGACAUUCCUUUAUCUGCAGAUUAGCCAGGAGAUGAACAACCUGCAGUCUCUUCCUCUCUGAAAUGAUCCUUUUGAAGUGAGGAGAUGCACUCAAUCUCAACCGAUGCACAGGUUAUGUGUCAGGUCAGAGAGCCCAGAUAUUCAAGUGUUAUUCUACUAAGACAGAGACACUAAUUGACAACACUGUCAUACUGAGAUCCUCUCUGAUCCAAAAGUCUUCAAAUAUUUUAUACAAUUAUAUUAGGUGGUGAUCCUAAUGGGCCAAGUGGACCUACGCAUAUCGAACCUACGAAUCCCGAAUUUAAGAAGAUAAUAUAUCAACGCAAAGUUAAUAUUUUUUACCAGACUGAAAUAGAUCCAGUUUAUUUUCCAGUGAAAUUUGGAAAAUAUUUCAGUCCGUUUCAGUUUGCACAGUUUUUUGAUCCAUAGGUAGCACAAAACUUGUUGAACUCGUACAGACAUGUUAGCACAAGCUAUGAAGAGGAAGCCAGUGAAGUGAGGUCCAAAAGACACUAAAAUGAGCCUUAUUGUUGUUGUCAGAUAUUUAACCGAUAUUAUUUUUUAUUAUUUUUGUUAAUAUUAUGCUUGAAUUUUUUAUUGAUUUAUUUAUUCAUAUUGCGUUUUGGACUACUUAUAUGAAUAUAACCUAAUGAAAUGUUGUGUAGUUGGCAAGCAAAUGUUACUGUACAAGGUUCAAAUGUACAGCGUUGUAAUCUGUAGCCCUCUGGAGUUUUUGAUAUUAUUGAUAUUAUCAUUAUUAUUAUUAUCAUUGUGCUCUAAACUUUGACCACUGAGCUCUAAACCUUGGGUCUCUGAUGAUGCCAUGUAAGCACAGGAGCCACAGAAAGACACUGUCACAAUUGCUGAUGGCAGCCUCAUCCUUCUGGAAGCACACGCACAGUCCCCAAACCCCAGAAUGAAUUCUGUUCUAAUCAUUCGAUUGUUCAUUCAAUUAGCUGUUAAUUAUUCACUUGGGUGACCGCAUUUUUGGCAGUGAAUGCACAAAGGACAUAGCAUAAUAAAUGUUAUUAUUCUGCUGAGUCCUCUUUCCUGUGAGCACACUGAGUUCUCUGUCAUUCUUACCCAGAGAGGAGAAUGGAACAGCAUGCCCAAGGAUAACACAACAUCUCCCAUCUAAAACGGAGAGCAAAGCUGGGGAGCACAACCCAUGAUGUCCGUCAUGCCAGUGAAGGAGGGGCUUUCGCAUGAGUUUUGGAGCAAAAGGCACAGAAUAGCCCCCCCCCCCCAAGUGUAGUGUCUUUAAUGUGACCUACUGACUUAAUCAAAUUUCCAAGCACACAAUUUAAUGUAAGACAAGGAUCAAAACCACCCGAGGUCAGUGAGGCUGCCCAAAUGGUACUGAAAAUGUACUGUAUGAGGGUCAAGUGCUACUAAGUGUUUCAACUUUCAACCUGUUACUUCAGACUCUGUUGAUUGAUUUAGAACCAUGUAUGUAGAUAUGUUGACUUUGUAUUAAAACAGGAUAACUGAAUAUACUGUAAA